UCGCUACCAAGAUACGACCCUAAACCAUCUCGCCGGCAACACGUGCGAUCAAUGGCUUCGAAUGCGAGCUUGUUGGCCAUGAUCAUGGCGUGCACGAUGCUCCUCGCCGGCAACACGUGCCACGGCGCACGCAUCUUGGCGGAUACCACCCCGGCGGCUGCUCCUGCUGCCUCUGUCCCUGCUCUGCCGGCCGUGCCGACUUUGCCUACACUGCCACCGAUGCCGGCCGUGCCGGCGGUGAACGCGCCGGCCGUGCCGCAGGCCACACUGCCGCCUGUGCCCGCCGUGCCAGCGGUGACCGUGCCAACCGUGCCGCAGGUGACAUUGCCGCCCAUGCCAGCCGUGCCGGCGGUCACCGUACCACGGGCAACGCUGCCGCCUGUGCCAGCCGUGCCCGCGGUCACCGUGCCAACCGUGCCACAGGCGACAAUGCCGCCCAUGCCAGCCGUGCCUGCCGUCACCGUGCCAACCGUGCCGCAGGUGACAUUGCCGCCUGUGCCUACCGUCGUCGUGCCGAAGCUGGCGCUACCUCCUAUGCCCGCCAUCGUCGUGCCCACGGUGACGACGGCGCCGAUGCCCGCCAUCGUCGUGCCCAAGGUGACGCUGCCGCCUAUGCCCAACAUCGUCGUGCCGACGGUGACGCUGCCGCCGAUGCCCUCCAUCGUCGUGCCCAAGGUGACGCUGCCGCCGAUGCCCUUCAUCCCCAACGUGAACGUGCCCAUGCCGUUCCUGGCGCCGCCCCCUUCAGCGUAGGCGCGUUCACCUUGCGGCGGUGCGUUCGCCGUGUCCGUACUUGGCCAGAUCACUCGGUUGCUAGUUGCUACAGAGUAUUCGUUUCCGCAACGUGUUCCCUACAUACGAUGUGUCUCAGCUUGCCGUGUGAUUCUUUUUGUACGUCGUGUAAUGUAUUGUUAACCUGAGUAUUUCUCUGUUGCUUGUGGCAUAUACAUAUCAUCGUUCUUCAGCACUGAUAAGACAUUACUGUGCUGCUUA